CGUGGUUACAAGCGUUGCGUAUUCACCAAGCGGCCAGCAGAUUGCCUCGGGCAGUAGCGACAAGACGGUGCGGCUGUGGGAUGUGAAAUCCGGCCAGUGUUUGGUGGUCGUUAUGGGGUUUCAUGGAUCCAUCUCCAGCGUUACAUGGAGCACGGCUCUCGACGGCACCUAUUUCGCAACUGGCUGUGGCGAUAAAUCCGUUUGCGUGUGGCAGCUAUUAGGAGAGGGGGAUGACUAUCGCGUACGUCUGCAUUGGAGUUCGAACCAUGGUGGACUUGUCGUGUCGGGCACCACUAUCCAUGAAGCACAAGGCUUGAGCAGGGUAAAUGCGAAGCUGUUGCAGCAGCGCGGCGCUGUGGGUGACCCAGUUCCGCCUUUGAACUUUCGCGAGGCUAGUGAGAAGCUGAUCACCAUGGCAACUGCUAUAUCUCACCUUGGGAUGCCGCCAAACCGCGGCAUGUCAAGUACCUUCCCUGCGGCUGGUCCCUCCAGCAGAGAGAAUCUGAACAGCACAAUACUGGGUAGCAUCAAGGUGCCUGGAGAAGCACUUAGCUCCCUCGGUACGCUCAAUUGGCUUGGUGUGGUUCGUGCCCUUGAGGCUCUUGUUGGGGUUGUGCUUGGAAUUUGUGUCAGUGCUGCGCUUGUGGCUAUUAUCGCUCCUGCUGUGCUGGUCCUUGCUGAGGUACCGUCGUCCAAGGCCCUUCGUCCUCUUAGCGUCCUCGUCUGUUCUGUCCACGACCAAAGAAUUCUUCGAGUGUCAUCUUUCGGUAGUCUGCUUGUGCUAAGAGUAGUUGUCAAUGCUCUUGAUACUAGCCUUGUCUCUACCAACAAGAGUGCCGACAUGACUUUGGCGGUCGAGCGCUCUGCACGUUGGCCCAGCGGAUUAUCUGUUUGCAACAACUGCAGUGGCAGUCAAGAAGAGAGCUCGGACUUGGAUCAUCGUUACUGGGACGGGUUUCGUAGUAGAUGUUACGGAGCAGAUACACUGCUGGUGAUGCUUGGUUUUAUAUUGCCUCUGAAACCUCGUCGCUCUUUCAGCACUGCACGCUCCGCAUAA